AUGUUCAGGCAGUUUUCACCUUCUAUUUUCAUCCUAAUACUAAUUGCAACUGUGCACAUGGCAAGCAACAUUGAUGCAGUUGAUCCUGCAGCAGCCACCAAAGAAGAACCAAUCCUUGAGUUAUACAUGCACGACAUUCUUGGGGGCAGUAACCCUACAGCUAGGCCAAUCACUGGCUUGCUAGGUAAUAUCUACAAUGGUCAGGUGCCAUUUGCAAAGCAGAUAGGGUUUUUACCUCCAAGUGGGGUUGCCAUCCCCAACGCAAAUGGUGCACUUCCAACCGUUAAUGGUGUCAAUGGUCUCCCACUAGGAACUGGCUUAGCUGGCACCAAUAUUGCAGGAAGAAAAAAUAAUCAAAAUCUACCUCAGUCCCAACUUGGACCUGAUGGGUUGGGGCUAGGCUUCGGAACAAUUACCGUCAUCGAUGACAUAUUAACCUCCAGUCCUGAUUUGGGGUCACAAACACUGGGGAAAGCUCAAGGAGUUUACGUGGCAAGCUCUGCAGAUGGGACCAGCCAGAUGAUGGCAUUUACGGCUCUGAUUGAAGGAGGGGAAUAUAAUGACAACCUCAACUUCUAUGGAGUAUAUAAAAUUGGGAGUACCGUAUCAUAUUUGUCAGUGACAGGAGGGACAGGCAAGUUUAAGAGUGCUUAUGGGGUUGCAGAAGUACGAUCACUCAUACCUUCAGGUCAACAUAUCACAGAUGGUGCCGAGACAUUGCUGAGGAUCACUGUCCAUCUGAAAUAUUGAGAAUGUAUCGUUAAACUAUAUGCCAGUUUGUUUGUGUGGAAAUGGAUAUGGAAUUGUUUAGUAUCUUUUAUUGUAUCCACUGAAAGUCGAGAUUGUAUCUUUUAUUAUAUAUAUCAUGUAAUUGUCUUCUAAA